GGGCACAAAUUCCCCACAGGGGGUCCCCAAAAAUGUCCCCCCAAACUCCGGAAGUGACGUAACGCCACGACGAGGCCACGCCCACGCCGCUGAGGCGCUGACCAAUGAGGAGCCGCGGUCACGCCCACGAGGGGCGGGGCCAGCGGGAAGAUGGCGGCGCCCGUGAAGGACCGGGAGGCGCUGCAGCGGCUGAACUUCCUGUUCCAGGCCGCUCACUGGUCCCUGCCCCUCUCCCCGGGGCUCUCGCGGUUCCUGCUCCGCACCCAACGCGCGGCCGCGCGGCGCCUCGUGCUGCGACUGGCUCCCUCCGUCAAGCGCCGCCUGUGCCGCCGCUGCUGCUCGCUGCAGGCGCCGGGCGCCGGGAGCCAAGUGCGGCUCCGAGGGCGUGGCCAGCCCUGCCUCCUCCAGCGCUGCCUCACCUGCGGCCGCCUGCGCCGCUUCCUGUGCCCGCCUGAGCCACGCCCACCCCGGCCACGCCCACCCCAACAGGACACGCCCACGGGCCCCACCCCCGCGCUCUGAUUGGUCGCCGCCUCGCCAGCACCAGCCAAUCAGCUCUGCAGAAAUAAACCCUUUAUUCCAUAUGUGGCCGUAUGCUAAUCCGCGCGCUCCGAUUGGCUCCUCCCCCGAAAGGGGGCGUGGCUCAGCACUCGUCCUCCCCCAGCAGCGCGAAGGGGUUGGGGGCGGGGCUGGGAGGGGGCGUGGCCUCCUCUGGCUCCUCCCCCUCGUUGUCCUCGGAGCUGGAGGCGGUGCCGGGUGGGGGAGGGGCGGUGGCCCCGCCCCCUGUCAUGGCCACCAUGGCCGCGGUGUCGGGGUGGAGCUCC